GCGGUGAACAGCCGCUAAAUUUCAGAUUGCUCAACUUCUUGUGUUGGAUCUGUCCCACUCAAAACCUCUGUUCUAGCGACGCCGACUCCAUCGCCUGCAACCGACUCGCUCACGACCCCUGGACCCUGCUCGAACUACCACUUACGUGGCUACAGCGCUAUCCGCCCCCCAAACAUUUCGUCGAACGCAUGCGGAACUACGGCACUUCUCUCGAAGAUCUGGAAUACACCUAGUGUUGAGCGCUCAGGAUCCGACGGACAGAAGAAAUAGAAACACAAAUUUUCAUUCCCAAACUCCUGGAUGAGCGGGAAACAACAGCAUCGUCAUCUCCACUCCACUCCUUAUCGGUUAUCUUGCACGGCCAGGACAGCCAACAACGCCCUCAUCCAAUAUCUCUAGCAAUAGAGACAGCCCUCUCCGGAUCCAUCCCAAAGGCCAAGAGCCGAAACACACCCACCCAACGGCAUUGUGGCUUCGAAUAACAUUGAAUUUGCGGAAUCGCGGGACAUCACCCCAGACCCUGGUCGACACUCCCAAGAUUCAGACGACGAGAUGGUUGGCAACCGCCCCCCAAUGCACCGACCGAACGACGGGCGAUCGCAGCAACCGUUACUCAAAGAUGACCCCCCAGGGCGCCUUUCCCGAUCGAGUUUCGGCCAUGACGCUGAGAACCGGCCUAUGUUGCACCAUACCCGUCGGCCUACCAUCCAGAGUAGAAACUCGGAAUACGACGCUACCCAGGCGACACGCAAGAAGUAUAUGAUUGCGGGAGGUUUCCUGCUCUUGAGUUUGGCGAGUUUUGUCAUUCAGACUGAAACUGCUGUAUACAUUCAGCAUGAACUGCACUGGGAUAAACCGUAUUGCAUGCUCUAUAUCACCCACGGAUCCUGGGUACUGCUUUGGCCCGUUCAGCUCCUCAUCCUUCGAAUCCAGAAGCGAAAGCUAUCAUGGGAAGCAUUCUGGCGCCGCCAUGUCUUCCUCAUCAAGACCACCGCCCAAAUGGUCGAAACCCAAGAUGUCCAUCUCAUUUCCCGCGACUCUCACCGUUCACCAGUCCCGUACAUGAUAAAGACAACAGCCUUUGUAACCACCGCGCUGACGAUAGCCGGUGGUUCGUGGUAUGUGGCCGUGAAUAUGACGACAGCCAGUGACCUAACGGCUAUUUACAACUGCUCUGCCUUCUUCGCCUACGCUUUCUCGAUCCCUCUCUUGAAGGAGAAGCUGCGAUUUGACAAGGUCUUCUCUGUAUGCGUGGCCAUCAUUGGUGUCCUCGUCGUCGCUUACGGAGACCGACCCGAGAAGAAGGUCUCCAAGGGAGGCACUACCGGUGCCGAGGACCAAGAAGCCCAAAACCGGCUUUUGGGCAAUUUUGUCAUCGGUGUCGGGAGCGUACUCUACGGUCUGUACGAGGUGUUGUAUAAACGCUUUGCCUGUCCUCCGGAGGGCACUAGCCCCGGCCGAGGCACCAUCUUCGCCAAUACUUUUGGCAGCAUGAUUGGGUGUUUCACCCUCGCCGUACUGUGGAUCCCUAUUCCCAUUCUGCACAUGCUAGGUUGGGAGACUUUCCGCAUUCCCACGGGCGAGGCAGCCUGGAUGCUGCUCAUCUCGAUCUGUGCUAAUGCUACUUUCUCUGGAUCCUUCCUGGUCCUAAUUUCCCUCACAUCCCCCGUCCUUUCAUCCGUCGCCGCUCUUCUGACGAUCUUCCUCGUCGCAAUCGUCGACUGGUUCCGCACCGGUCAACCCCUCUCCUUUGCAGCCAUUAUCGGCGGCAUUUUAAUCAUGGCGGCAUUCUUCCUGUUGAGUUGGAGUACUUACCGUGAGUUAUGUGAGGAACGCAAAAAGGAUCUGGAGAAUGACCAGGUCGAGUCAGAAAGCGAUGAAUAGAUCCUCACAUUGGACUUGGGCGGUUUGUAUUGAGUCGUCUACUUUUUAGUUUCGAAUUUAGCGUGUUUUAGGCCUUAAAUUGGAUUCUGUACAGUUGUUGGUUUUCAUCGGAGUUUUUGUCUCGUUCAUGUUUAUUUUAUUUAUUUUUUUUCAUUUCUGCUGGGAACCUAUGACUGCUGGGGUUCCAGGCCGUGAAUAUCGCAUCGAGACUAGACAGUAGAGACCUCUGAUUUCUUCUGUUUGGAAUGGAGACUACAAGUGAUUGGAUAGGUCGAGG